AUGAUGUACCAACGUCCCACCUUGUCGAUGGUGGUACCUAACGAUGAAAACACUAAUCCAAUGGUUACCGAUACGAUACAAUCCAAGGAUCCCAUCAAACCAAUUUCGCUUCAUCCCUCCAAACCAGUCAUUGGCAAAAAGACCAUGAAUACUUCAUCCACAGCAGGAGUACUAAGCACCAAAGAAGAUACAGCAGGAAUGAGGACAGCUCUUUCUUCCAUUGUGAAUCGAGUCAAAAUGAUCACGCGGCCAAAAAAGCCUGAAGAUCCAGAACGAAAGGAUUUGAAAAAGGUGAGCAAUGAGAGCAACACGAACUCAUCCACUUCAACCACAUCCAACUACAACCAACCACAACAGCAACAAGACUCUGAAAACAAGGAUCCACAAGUAUCAAAGACCUCACAACUACUGGAAGUCAGCAGCUCCGGAGAGAAUACGGCCACUACCAAUAGUAAUGGUUCUACCUCUUCUCAAAAACAUACAACAACAUGUACUCCCCAAAAGAAGACCACUGAAUUCUUAACUUCUCCAGGCAUAGAUAAGUCCGAUGUCCAUGAUCCUCAGUCCUGUGUAGAAUAUGUUAAGGAUAUUCAUUCCCACCUUAAGAAGAUUGAAACCAAGUACCGAGCAGAUCCAACCUAUCUCUCGAAACAAUCCAUCAUGAGACAUAAACACAGAUUCACAGUUGUGAAUUGGAUGAUUGAGAUGCACCAGAAAUUCCAACUCAGCAAUGCCACUCUCUUUUUGGCGGUGAACCUUUUGGAUCGAUUCCUCUCCUUGCAAGACAUUUCUCUCAAAAAUCUACAAUUAUUGGCUGCAACUUGUAUGUUUGUAGCUUCCAAAUAUGAAGAUUUACAAUAUCCAAUAUCGUCCGAGAUUGUGGAAAUCUCAUCACAUGCCUUCUCUAAGGAAGAGCUUCUCAAGAUGGAAAGAAUUCUGUUGAAAGAAUUGGAUUUCAACAUUACAGUUGCCACUGUCUAUCCAUUCUUGAAGAGGUACUUGAAAUGUGCUCGAUGUGACUUCAAUCAAUUAGCCCUUGCUUACUAUCUGGCAGAGUUGUCUCUUCUCGAAGAAGCCUCUCUAUACUAUCUCCCAUCUCAAAUAUCAAGUGCUUGUAUUUACAUUGCUGGCAGACUUUGCCAAAAGAAGAAUAGUUGGGACGAUGUUCUGCAAUACUACACGGGCUACACAGAGCAAGACAUUGAACCAUGUGCAAGUGUGAUUGUAAAAAUUGCAAGAAAGUACAAUUCUAACGACAUUAAAACUUGCACAAGAACCAAGUACAGCCAAGAAGAAAAGGCCAAGGUUGCAUGGAUUGUCAUGGCUUACUUUAACAGGUCAAACCAAAAAUCUAUCACACCUAGAGAAUAA